CUCAAAUGUUGUGAUAUACGCGGAUUGUAUGUCAUCCAAGGCAGUCAGCCUAGUACACCAACAAGGCAGCAGAAACCAAAAAGAAAAAUGCUGGUCUGUCUGCAGUGUCGUCGCACGCCGCGUGCACAUGUAUAGAGUGCGCACACGUUAUGCAUGCAGGUAUAUAGAUAGCCUAGUGGGUGUCUGUAGGUGGCACAGUCACCUGCAAAGGAAUGGCAUACCAGAAAGCUUAUCCUGCACACAUUCUCUUGCUGCUAUAAUUGUCGUUGUUAUUGUCGUCGUUGUGCUGUUUGCUCCUUGCCACUCGGUGGAAGUACCUACUACUGCCAUGCACGUGUGUGACAGGAGAUGCGCGGGACCUGCAUAAAGGCUGAGCGAUGAACCGUGGUUCCACGCGCAUCCAUCCCAUCGACACACUAGUUCUCGUCCCAUCACACCACAAUGCACAAACCUACACACAGCCAGAUACACAACACACCGCAUAGCCGAACGGGGUACCUUGCAGUUUGGCUUGUUUACGUAUGACACAGCCCUAGCAUCUCACCCACGCGGCUAUCGAGAUCGAGCCGCGUGAGCACAAGUGGGAAAGGUAAAGCAAACGGAACCGCCUCCGAUGUCCGAGCCAGAGACCCCCAGCUAGCCCCUUGUCCACACUCUGUUGACACGUCACGGCACAUCUCGAACUUUAUCUUCACGUCCCCUCCACCCCCUCCACACCCCCUUCAUCACCGCCCCCCAGGUUUUCCCACGGGCCCUUGUUGGUGGCACACGCCGCAGACAUGCGUCUGUUCCUGCGGGCCCGCGCGCGCCCAUCAUGGUUGUCAACAGGAGCUUGGGGGCGUGAAGCGAGGCGAAGACAAGCAAGCCCUCUGCCACACCCCUUCGUUCAUGCCCAUGAAUAAUAUGCCGCCAUCGUGCAUGUACCCCCUCGUGUUGCUCACUCAAGCGAAAAAAAAUAUCCGAAUGCCACACCUCUUAACCAUGGAGCCCGUCAAUAAGAUCUGCAGCAGGGAACGAUUGAUAUUAAUA